AUGGGUGGUUGCUUAGAUCGAGAAAGAGAUAAACGAAGAAUACUAGAACAAUUAUCUUAUUCUUAAAGGCCAAUUCUCAAAUAAUCAAAUGAAUUUACAUAUUUGAGACAAAUCUAAUCAUAAUCAACAAAGAGUUAGCAUAUUGAGGUCCAAUAACCAAGAUAUAGUCUAAUGAAAUAUUCAUAAAUCUCUAGUAAAUAAGGUAAUAAGUCGGUUAGAAGUGACAACUAAUCCUAUUAGCAUAUCAAUUAAAACAAUUAAUUUAUCUUAUUAUAAAGAGGAGAACUUAGAUAAUUUUUAAAAACGAAUCAAAUGGGAAUAGAUCAGGUUAUAACUAAUCCUUUAAAUGCAAGUUAAUUAAUUAUCUGUUUUGAAUAGAAUGAUAUUGUAGAUUCAUUAAUCAGUGAACAAGUAAUUUCUAACAGUAAUUUUCACAAAUUAUAUAUGGAUAUUAAAGAUUUUAUUGGGUAUUUACAUUGCCUUAUUGUAGCUAGCCAGACAAAAAAAUAGUUGGGAUUAUUCUUGAGAACAGGAAUUAAAUUUCUAUUUUAUACAAAAAAUUGAAUCCAAGAUAAGCAAUGAAUAAUACUAUCGAAAUGCAAAGUAAGUAUUUUAUCUAAAAUAAGUGGUUGAUAGUGUCAGUCAAGAUUAACUUGAAGAAAUUAUUAAUGAAAGGAUGUAAGAUAAUCUUAUUUGUUGUACUAUUUUGUAAUUCCCUGACUGUGCUUUAUUAUUUUUUUAAACUUGUCGUAGAUAAAUACAAGCUUUAAACGUUAUAUCUUUAGAAAUGUCAUAACUUAAUUCAAUUAACCUCUCUUAAGAGAUAGCAGGAAAAGUUGAAAUAUUAUAAAGCAAUGAUGUAAUUUAAUUUAUUAGAUUUAGGAAUUUGAUUUUAUUAGUUUGUUGCCUGACAUUAAAAAUAAAUCUCUCUAUAUUUUAAUGUCGAUUAAAUAAAUAUGA